GAAUUGCUGGCUCUCCAGCGACCGAUGUUGUUGUAGUAAUUGGAGUUUAGCAAAUAGGCAAAAUGAACAAACUGAACAAAUCACAGGAGUUCGACUCAUAUGAAAUUGAGGAGCCGAGCGACGAGGAGCGAGCAGCCAGCAGUUCAGAAGACGAACUGGACGUGCUGCUCAACGGGACUCCAGAACAGAAGAAGAAGCUCAUCAGAGAGUAUCUGACUGGGGAGAGCGAGUCGUCUAGCGGGGAUGAGUUUGAGAAGGAGAUGGAGGCAGAGCUCAGCUCAACCAUCAGGACCAUGGAGGGAACCUGGCGGCCGCCGGGACCAGCAGAAACUUUAGCAGGUGGAGUUGGAGGCAGUGGUCCAGUGCUUCAUAACCCACGGAUGUAUGAUAAGGUCUACUUUGACUCUGACUCAGACGAGGAGGAUACACCAAGCAGCUCCACCAGCCGGAGGCAGAGACGCCGAAUCAUACCCACAAAUGAUGAACUGCUGUAUGACCCAGAUGAGGAUGACAGGGACCAGGCCUGGGUGGACUCCAGGAGGAGAGAGUACAACUGCAGAAAACGACCAGCGGCUGCACUAAGAUCUAAGAAUCAUCAGACUCAGGGUUUGCCAAACAGUGAUGCCAUUCUCAACUGUCCUGCCUGUAUGACGACUCUCUGCCUCGACUGUCAGAGGCAUGAAAAGUACCGGACGCAGUAUCGAGCUAUGUUUGUCAUGAACUGCACAGUGAAAAAAGACGAGGUCUUGCGCUACAAAACCCAAGAGGAGAAGAAACAGAGGAACAGGAAGAGGAGGAAGGGACAGAGAACAGAAAUGGCAGCAGACAGUAUUCCUGCUCUGACGCCGGCGGGGAUGGAAGCUGAUGAGGUUUACCACCCGGUGCAGUGCUCCGAGUGUUCCACGGAGGUGGCCGUGUUUGAUAAAGAUGAGGUUUACCACUUCUUUAAUAUCCUGGCGAGUCACUGCUGAGACAAGUUAAGCAAACUCUGUACAGGACCGUUAUCAUCUGCAGCCAGUUUGUUGAAUGGUGAUCGCAACAGUUUUAACCAGGUGUAAUGUUUUUUUUUUAAGGUGAACUCAAUGACUGCAUGUACAGUAUGUUAAUCAAAUGUCUUGUGAGAAUCAUAGAAAAUUUCAAGUGAGGGUAUUGUUUUUUUUCGGCUUCACAGAGAAGUUUUAUCUGCCCUGAGCUGCUGAUAAACCUAUUGACAUUGUU